AUGUACGCUUCUCAUGCCAGCCGCACACGCGGUGCCGCCUCGCCGUAUGGAGGCAGUGGGGCUCGGGUGUCGGAAUGGUCAGGGUACUCUAUGGAGCCAUCACAGCGCCUCACGCAAGUCCAGUCGUUUGUUGAUCGGUGCUGCGAUCCAUCACUCGAGCAGCCAAACCUGUCCUUGGCGUUGGAACUGGCCGAUUAUAUCAACGUGAAAAAGGCUAAUACGGCCCGGGAGGCCGCUUUUGAAAUUGUGGAUCGCGUCAACUCACGCCUGCCGCAUGUGGGUAUGCUGGCCUUGCAUCUCCUUGAUAUCUUGGUGAAAAACUGUGGGUUUCCUAUGCACUUGCAAAUAGCGACCAAGGAAUUCCUCAACGAGCUCGUGCGUCGCUUUCCCGAGCGUCCACCGAUGCAUCCAGGUCCUGUCAUGACGCGCAUCUUGGAGAUGAUCCACGAAUGGCGUCAGACGAUUUGUGUCACGAGCAAAUACAAAGAGGAUCUCGUGCACAUCCGCGAUAUGCAUCGUCUGCUUAUGUACAAAGGCUACCGCUUCCCGAAAGUCGACGCACGCUCGGCUGCUGUGCUUAGCACCUCGGAACGACUUCAGUCGCCAGAAGAGCUGGAAGAGGAGACGCGCGCUGCACAAAGCGCCAAACUCCAGGAACUCAUUCGUCGUGGGACCCCGCGGGAUUUGCAGCAGGCCCAAGAGCUUAUGAAGAUCUUGUCCGGCGCAGAGCCAGAAAAGAACAACGUACAUGCCAAGCAGAUCAGUCGCGAUAUGGACAAGAUCGAGUCGCGAAUCAAGCUGCUAAAUGAUAUGCUUGACCAGGCGAAGGAGACUGACAAGUUUGUCGCAGGCGAUGCGUAUGACCAAGUCGCAUCGAAUUUGCGUGGGGUCCAGCCACGCUUGCAAAAGUGGAUUGAGCAGGCUGAAGAAGACGAGUCGGAGUACUUGCAGCGCUUCCUGGAGGUAAACGACAAGAUUCUUCAGGCUCUCGAUCGGUACGAUGUGAUGGCCACAGGCACGUCGCGUCCACGUGCCCGCGGCACCGAGCUGAUCUCGUUUGACGAAGCGGAGGAGGCGCCUACACCCAACCCCCCUUCCUCGGCGCCAGGCAAGUCGAAGGCACCGUCGUCGUUCCUGGACGAUCUGGAGUCCCUCUCGCUUCACGAUACCACCUCCGCACGGCCCUCCGCGCCGUCCUCCGCGUCAAGCCAGGCGAAGCCCAAGGCGGCACAGAGCAGCAACGUCUUUGACUUGUUGGGCGAUAUGGACGAGCCAUUGGCUAGCCCCAACACACCAGCUGCCGCACCGUCCCGGCCGUUGACGUCUUUGACCACGUCUUCGUCGUCAACGGCAGCGCCGCCUGCCGCGCACGAUCCCUUUGCGGGCCUUGAUUUCCUGAAGUAG